AUGGUCGGUACAGUCACAACCUCAUUCCAUUCCAACGAACCGGAAGUAUUGCUACCCAGUUCUUCCCUCUUCCUAGGCGCUAGGGACAUCAUCACACAGUGGGCCUCUGGCCAAGCAGGACCCAAAGGAUGCCCAGUCCAAGCGUUUGCGGAUUCUAUUAUGGAUGAUAUUAUGGGGAAAUCUGGGAUGAUAUGGAGAGGACCCAAUAGUAAAUUACUCUGGUUUGCGUCCAAAUGGAUGCCUCAAUGGCUGUGGGACUACCUCUUGAGUAAUAAGGUAGGCCUUGACAACUUGGUUAAAGCAUGA